AUGGCAGCUUCCAACCUCAGUGAUGAUGGUCUCCCAGCCACUCUGUUCCUGACAGGGAUCCCAGGGCUGGAGUGGGCCCACGUCUGGAUUGCCAUUCCCUUCUGUGCCAUGUAUCUGGUAGCUCUGGCUGGGAAUGCUGCUCUCAUCCUGGUCAUUGUGACAGACCGUGCUCUUCAUGCACCCAUGUACCUCUUCCUGUGUCUUCUCUCACUCACUGACCUGGCUCUCAGCUCUACCACUGUGCCCAAGACAUUAGCCAUUUUGUGGCUCCAUGCUGGUGAGAUUUCCUUUGGUGGAUGCCUGGCACAGAUGUUUUGUGUCCAUUCUAUCUAUGCUCUGGAGUCCUCAGUUCUUCUUGCUAUGGCUUUUGAUCGCUAUGUGGCUAUCUGCAACCCACUGAGAUAUACAACCAUUCUCAACCAUACCGUAAUAGGCAAAAUUGGCUUUGCUGGGCUUUUCCGUAGUGUGGCCAUCGUCUCCCCAUUCAUCUUCUUGCUGAGGCGACUGCCUUACUGUGGUCACCAUGUCAUGGCACACACAUACUGUGAGCACAUGGGCAUUGCUCGCCUGGCCUGUGCCAACAUCACUGUCAAUAUUGUCUAUGGGCUGACUGUGGCUUUGCUGGCCGUAGGUCUGGAUUCCAUCCUCAUUGCCAUUUCCUAUGGCUUUAUCCUCCAUGCUGUCUUCCGCCUGCCAUCUCAAGAUGCCAGGCACAAGGCUCUGAAUACCUGUGGUUCCCACCUUGGAGUCAUCCUGGUCUUCUACAUUCCUGCCUUCUUCUCCUUCCUUACCCACCACUUUGGGCAGCACCGAGUCCCCAAGAAUGUGCACAUCUUUCUGGCAAACCUCUAUGUUCUGGUGCCUCCUGUGCUCAAUCCAAUCAUCUAUGGGGCUAGGACCAAGGAGAUUCAGAGUCGACUUCUGAGACUGCUCCACUUGAGGAAGGGCUCAGUGUGA